CCCAGCUCGAUUUGGGUAAUAAAGAGUGGGCGGAGCCGCCGCCUCAGGCCACGCCCCCUGUUGCAUGGUCCCUUUCAACCAACACUUCGAACCUCAGUCGACCAGAGCCGCUACGACAAGCAACACCACGCUCCACCAGUGUUGUAGAGUUUUGAUGAGUGAGUGCCAAAGAUGGAAGAAACGAAAACAGAAAUCAAGUCGAAGAUCUCCUUCAGCGUGGAGGCGUUGUUGUCGAAGAAGGACGACGACGAGGAGGAGCACAGGCUGGACGCCAGUAGUGAUCACUUCGACGACGACGACGAGAAUAUCACAGUAGACGAUGACGACACCGACGGCCGGGAGAGUCUCAGCCCUAAUUCCGCACACACGGUGGUCAUUCCGCAGCCCUUGCACCCUUCUGUACCUAGGCUAGGCCCGCCGCAGUGGCCCUUCGCGUGGGGGUCGCUGGUGAGGUCCGCAUCGCCGCAGACCAGUAUGACCAGCGCCCCCCCAGGUCCCCCCAUCGUGCGGUGCGCCCUCCGCAAGCACAAGCCCAACCGCAAGCCCCGGACGCCCUUCACCACGCAGCAGCUCCUCGCCCUGGAGAAAAAAUUCCGCGAUAAGCAGUACUUGAGCAUAGCCGAGAGGGCGGAGUUCUCCAGCUCGCUGCGGCUGACGGAAACUCAAGUCAAGAUCUGGUUCCAGAACCGGAGGGCAAAGGCGAAGCGGCUGCAGGAAGCUGAGUUGGAGAAGCUGCGGCUCAGUGCCCGGCCACUGCUGCCGCCGAGUUUCGGGCUGUUUCCCGGGGGCGCGCCGCCACUGGUGUCGCCGUUCCUGGCGGCGAUGGCCCACCGGCCCCCCCACUUCGCCUUCCCUGGCGCGCCCGCGCAUAUUCUCAAUAUUCCGCAAUGACACAGUGAGAGUGAGUGCAAUUGUUGAUAGAUAAUGAUAAGACUGAUUAGUGAUUUUUUUACGGUUCUGUUUUGUAUAAAUGUGUCUUUUUGUUUAUGUACAAAGGUUUAUUUAAUUUUGUUGUAUUAUACUGUACAUAGAGAAUGGAUAUUAAAUGUUUGUUUUUAA